GUUGUAAGAUUCGAGCGAAGCAGCACCGUCCCAUGUGUAGAAAACAUCCAGCGAAUCCAGUUCUUUGAAAACUUUGGUCAUCAGAGAAAGCACAUCAGAUUGACGAUCAUUUCUACACAUCUCGUCUACACAUGAUGUUUGUCGCUGAUCAAUUCCAUCGUUGAGAAUAUUGUUCAUUGCUUAGCUCUCUGAGUGCCCUUACUGUCGUGUACACUUCUUGCGGGAUUCUUCUACAUUACACUCGCAGCCAGAAGAUAUGUUCACUCGUCUCUCAGAAUGCACUAAGGGAAUGUGCAUGCCGAGGACGAAUUCAGUGGAUCGCUGCUACAAGUGUUUCUCUUACCUAGGAUGAAUAGAAAAGGAUUUAUACUGUGUAACUUCAGGGGGUUCCUCAAAAGAUUUUUUUUCCUGUCUUCCAAAGAUUGCGUUAUAGUUGGAUUUAUUUACUAUAAGACAGUCGGGAACACAACCAUGCCAUGGUUUAUGCUGUCUUGUUAUCACGUAUAUUUGAAGUCUCAUUUUUGUCUUCUUUUCGUAUCUGGCGCAGUAUCCGGAAGAAAAUCCAAGGCCAGGUGGUCAAAAUUCAAUUGCCUUCGUAUUGGUUGAAGGAAUUCUUGAUUAAUAAGCGUGGCAUUGUCAAACCUUAGAAAUUGCGAGGUACUUGUGUGAAGAGUGAUGCUAAAGACGGAAUCCAAGGAACCGCCGUUUGAUAAAGAUCAUGCUUGGUUGCAUGUGUUGAUACGUGCAGAAGACAUUAUUCAAACUUUGUGCAACAUGCAGUGUUGAAUACUUGAUUCACUUGCUCUAGUAAUCAGCUUGAAGCAUCAAUGUCUGCCUACAGGAAGGGAUUCGCUCAUUUUCACGUGUAGAGUAAGUCGACAGAACUCUUUAACCGCGGGAGAUGUUAUCACUCAACUUACCAACUGGUUGUGGAUUGACUAGAUCAAUACCCUCUUUUCAUGUUGCGUGAUGCUGCUGAUAUAACUGGAGCGCUGAAACGAAGACUCGUGUCAUCUCGUGGUUGCUGUGACUGCUCCUCCAUUCGAGUUCAACCCAAGUUCUUCAAUAGAAAUUCAAACAAGUGACAAGCCCAGUUUUCUGCAAGUCGGCCAGCCCCCCAAGAUAUUUAACUCGAAGACUUCAGCACGUACUCGUCUUUAUUUUGAGUAUCAAAAAUGGGCGCCCAGGAAUCAUCCCCGAACUCAUUGCCGACUUUCACCGCAUUUUUAGGUGAAAACUGAUGGACAUGCAUUCUGUUCUGACCAUGAAAGUGGCUGGUCAUCACAAGAGAUGCCUAGAUCUGCUAUUAACAUUAAUUGGUGAAUGUUGGUUGCGGAAUCAUGCGGCAAAAGGGAAUGAAUACCUCAUUUAUCUCUGAUACCAUACCUUUUCACGAGUGGAACUUAGAAUGCGAGAUGAUUUUAUUCCAUUGAACUGAGUGGACAAAUCGACCAACUAAUUUACUUAUUUCCAGGAGUGCAUUGUCUCCAAAUUAUCUCAGGUUUUCCAACCGCUGGCUUAGUGAAUGGGCAUAGAUGAUAGCUGGAUUUGAAUUUCUAAGCAUUCUACUCCAUGCUACGUGCGCAUAGUAGACAAUAUCAAGGGGACUGCAAAAUAACUUUCUUUUGUCCCGUUCAGCUUAAUUAUACAAGAGUUGUAGGCUAGAACUCAGAUCGAGGGUUCAAGGUCCUGAUAGGCUAGCGCCACCCCACCAUCCAUCUUCAUCGCCGGAGCUGUUGUGGAAUAAACGUACCUAAAGCUCCAACUUCGGAAUGCAGAGUAACUCGAGAGAAAGGUGAGGAAAAGAAUCUCUAGCGUGCAACUACAAGAGUAGAUACUGUAGUACAGACAUUUUCGAAGUUGGUAAAGAACAUAUGCGGGUGGCCGUGGGGGUGGACGUGCCGCAUGCAGCUGUAAAGACCAAAAAGAAUGGGUCCCACAUUGACUUAUUCUGUGCGUGGAGGAGUGACGGAGGUAAUGCAUUCUAGCCGUUCGAAUGCAGGAGUUACUGCUUGUAAGGGGGUUUCGUGGACUGACAAGUCAGACUCGUAGCAGAACUUAAUGCCACUCUCCAAGUUCCGCAAAUAGCCAGAAAUGAUGACACCCACUUCUUAGAAUUCUAUACCCAUGUCAAACCAUCUUUUAAUCUUUCUUGGGAAGCCAGUCCUCAGAAUUAAAAAUGUAAGGGACCAGAUCAUUCCACGUCUCCAGCACAACAAGAAUAUGCACUAAACGACUGCACUAGGUUUGAAUAUUCAUUGAGAUCUGAGUGGUUAUAUUUUUAUUCACGUUAUAGCCCACAGCAACUUCUAGUUUCCUACCAGUGUCAUGAUUUGUGACACUGUUAAUUAAUAAUUAAUAAUGUCUGGCAAUUGACAAAAUCAACCCACUCAACUUCUCUAUGAUUCUACCGCCAAUUCAACGUUUUAAUUCGACUGAAUAGUGAUACCACCACUAACCUUCAUUUGUUCUUUCUUGUAUAAAGUUCCCACAUUGAUUUGGCUAGUGAUUCAUUUCUCUACCAUACAGGAGAAUUCUCCACCGUGGUUCAUAGUGAGACUGACCCAGCGCCGCUGCUACAAGCCGUGUUGCUGAAACUGCUAAUAUUGAAUCAGGAGCUGAGUCAAUCUCUUCUCAGCGAUUUGUCUUACUAUAGACGUUUAUCAAUUGAUUUGCACUGCGCAAGGAUUACCCAGUACUAGUGGCACAGAGACAGUUACAAGCGAAAACACGUACAUACGCUGGCAGUGUCAGAAGUUUGUGGCGUCGAAGUUUGUGACGCGACAAUUCACCAAAAGGACAGGAGAGCCGAGGCCGAAGUCGAGGGAGCGGCGAGUAAUUGUCUGUAAAGCAGUCCUGGAUUGUGUAUGGAUUGAACGGACUUCUAAAAUCUGCUGAGUGAGUAUGGGAUGUUUACAUGAUAGUGUAAAAAGAAGGACGUCUGUGCAACAUCACGAGCUCAGUUACUGGUUAAGCAGAUCUAGAUAACGGUUCCAAAUCCAAUCACGAACUGCUCCCAAUCGGUUUUGAUUCAAUCCCGUUCCAGCGAAUUCUAUUUCCCACUGAAGAUGCCUGACAACUCCAUAUACCCACCAGAAAGUCGCUGCUCUGCACUGGAGGACUUUACUGCACUUGGCCAGAUCCCGUGUCCCUUUCAUGGUGAAUACAAGCAUGCCAUCCUUGCAUCACCGAGGACUCAUGACAGAGCUUCAAUAAAUCCGAUCUCACAUGCCCAUGGUGGUCGUACUACAACCCGCGGCAGAUCGGGGGCUAAAAGGAAAUCAAAGGACUUGAGUGAUGAACCUCGGAGCAAGGCAAAGCGCAAAUGCAGUUCGAAAUAUUACGGGGUUCGCCUCAAAAGAGGUCUCGGGAAAUACGUCGCUGAGCUUCGCGUCUCAGAAUGGAAGGUUGUGGACAAAAAGAUCUGGCUCGGCACGUACGAGAAGGAAGAGGGCGCUGCUCGAGCUGUGGACCUCGCAAGAAAGCUUUUGAAGUGCAAGAAGAUUAGACCCUUCAACCUGCCAUGCGACGAGCUCGACAACCGAGCUAUGUCGUUUCAAAUGCCACCGAAUCUCAUUCUUUCGGACGUGAACAACCAGACCAUGUACGUGAAGGUAAAAGACUUAUUGAAAAGUGAGUGUCGAAACUACGCCGCCAGCUUCGAGUCUUCGGAGCUCAAUCCUUCGCACUCCACGGCCUCCGCAGCUGAAGCCCAAUAUUGUCCCGUCGGCCUCUUCUCGCAUGAAGAAGUCGACAUGUACUCCGACUCCGAGCUCUCCACCCUGCACACCGUCUCUGAUUCCAUAGUUACAUCGGACCAGCUUUACAGGACCCAGUUGCACUCCAGCAAGGGGAGAUUCCAAGCGAGCGGUUCUAACUUAGAGUUUAGCGUUGACGAUUGCAUAGGUUCAUUCACGCCCGAGUGCACGCUCUACGACCAGUCGCUCUACGACUAUCCAAGUUCCCUAGCCUUCACCAACACGCCUCAGUAUAACUCCGGGCUCCAGCAGGAGCAGCAAAAGCAAACGCUUUUGGGGAUAGACAGCAACGGAGUGAUCACCCCACCUGCUCUGAUGACGAUACCGACUUUGAUGACGUGCGCGGGGGUUGAAGAAUCUCAGGAACCCGACAAUACGGCGAUUCUUGAGCUCAUUCAGCAAUCCAAUUCUCCCGGUCCCUUCACUCCCCCGAUAUCAGAUUCCUUCCUGUGCUUCAUCCCCCCUCCAGAUGCGGGAGAUGCUCGGCGAUGUUUCAGCUUCGAUCCUUUCUCUUCUUGAUAUGAAUGUGUCGUGGUGCUUUGGAUUGUUGUGGGUUGUAUAUGGCUAAUAUGUUUGGGUGUGACAACAUACAUUUACACCAACAUCAUAAGGCGUUGAAUAUGAAGUUUUUUCUGUUUGUAAGUAAACUCGUUCAGCAGCAAGGGAGUUGGGUUUGCUAAUCUCUGCACUGGGCAAGGUGAGGAUUAUUUUGGUUGAGAGUGGAUUAUGUCCAUUCUAAGUUUGCAAAACCUUUUGGGUGUUGCAUGCAGUUCUUUAGUUGUUUCAGGUCACCUUGGAUUGGAUAUGAAGGAUUUGAUCCAUGUAAUUUAAAGUAGAAUAAUUGAUCAACAAGUGAUGUUAGUAGUGUCUUUAAUUAACAUGUGGUUAGAGUGGUUAACAGAUUUAUACAUAUAAUGGUGUGAUAUGUGCAUAAAUUCAUCUCAUUGUAGAAAUAUUUUAUUGUAGAAGCUCUAUUGAAAGACAAUUGUGUCAUGAUUUUUUUUAUUAUUACAUGUUGUGUAAAAAAAACCUUUAUUUCAUA